CUUGAACUGUGGCCAUGCUUCAUAAUAAUUAUUUUGUUGUUUGUGUCUCGUGUCCCGCAGCAAGUGAAUAUUUUGGCUGAAAAUUAUUAGUUUAAAAAAAAAUCAGUGGAAUUCAAUAACAUAUCGUGCAGUAACUUUCAGAAUGGAACCGCAAAGUCUCAUAACGACAACUGAACAGAAGCCGCUGAUUGAAAAAUCCGUGCCAACAGAAACAAAAGUGGAGGGAAAUACCGAUGUGAAACAACAGUUAUCCUUCAAGCGUUCUUUGAAUGACAAUGACGUCGAAGAAGUCGAAAUGGGGCCGCAAAAGAAAUUGUGCCGAUUUUAUUUCUUGGACAACUGCUCAAGAGCUGAGUGCUGCUCCUUCAUGCAUUCGGAGUUUCCAUGCAAGUUUUACUACUUCGGAUAUGAAUGUAAAGAUGGAAACAGCUGUAAACUGCGUCACGGAGCUGCUCUUGAUGAUAUAAUGAAGCAAGCUUUAUGGGAUCAUGUAACUUCUGGACCGGCCAAUCUGUUACAGCGAUUUCCAUGUUUUCCUAGCAUAAUGCUGAAGAAACAUUUUGAUGAACGCCAUCAUGAGUUGGAGCUGAUGGAACAGGAAGGACUAUUGGACCAAAACACGCCACCUAAAGAAACAGACGAAGUUUUGAAUCGACCUUCAUCAACCUUACUUAAGGUUAUUGAAAAUGAAAGUCAAACGCAGUUGGCUGGAGGCACGCUGACCCAACUGAGCGAACUAGCUGACAUUUUACAACCGGACCAGGUCGCUUCACUGACUGCCAUAGGAAUAGACACCUUGGAGAAACUUUUCAAGCUGGGAGCGAGUGCCUUUCUGGGAUUAGGCUUCGAUUUCGACACCUUGAUCAAAAUUGGAAACUUCAAGGAAUCACGACGUCGCGGAUCAAUUUACAAUUCCGAGGAGUCACACGUUUCAAAUGAUGUGAAUGAUUCCGAUCUUUUUGGAUCAGAGGAGCUUGAUGGUUUACUGGAUUCUGUAGCCACGGAUCAACCGGCACUCACCGAUCAAGAGCUUCUUAAUAUUCUUAACGAAGAACCCAAUGGUCUUUCUGAAUCGAUUGGAAGCAAUGUGUCGAAACAAGAUUGUGAUGGAUUUGUUACUGCUGAUGACAACGUUGAUAAUUACAAUAACGGAAUUUCACACGCUGUGCCCCAGAACGUCGAAUGCUCUCUGAAAGCAUUCCGCAGCGACUUAGGAAAUGAGUGCCUGCAGCUUAUGCUUUAUCCAUCUGGCAAGGAGAAGGAGAACGAUAAGCAAUCGUUGGAUUCCAUCCAGAGAACCGUAGAUCAACUGAAAAAAAUCGAUUCGCUGCUAUCCGAACCGAAGGAACAAGACGUAAGCUGGGGCAGUGCAGAAAGUGACACAUCCGCAGAUCAUUCGAAACAUGAUUCAUCCGUAACCGAUUCGAUUAAUCAAUCGUUUGGCAGCGACAGCGAUAGUCAAACAUGUUUUCGGAUGCCUUUCAAGUCGAUUAUCAACCAGUACACCCCGGCGAAGGAAAUUGAUGCAUCUAAUAAAAAAUAUCGCAUCGCUAAUUACCAUUUGAUUCCAAUUGACAUACCGAGGCCUAGUUUUGAUCGCAUUCGUCGUUCAUUUGUCAUGCAGCCCACGUUCAGCUUGGAUCCACGCAUACAGAUCAUGUUCAACGUUGGUCCUUCGGAAGUUCGCCACGGAAAUCAUCCCAAGGUAUGCGAUCGCGAUCCACGUUUGAAGAAACAUAUUGAACCAGAACCCCAUAUGCAGACCGUUUAGAGAUGGUAUGUAGAACGCUAUUGUUUGAAUCGUUUACAUCUGUCCGAAGUAUGUUAUUGUCAAACUAAUUCAUCGUCAUCCCGAAUAACUGUAUGAUAAGGCCUUAAAGCACAUAACACGGUAAAAUUGAAUUGGUUCAAAAAUUUCCAGUAUCAAAAAUUUUUAGUAGGUAAGCUCUGUUGCCUUCAUAUAUAAUACUCCUAAAAAAUGGAGUCAAGACCAAUUUAUUUGAUUACAAUUUCAAAAACCAAAAGAUGGUAUGUUUUGAGAUGGACACUAAUUUGAUGAACUUGAAUAAAUUUAACUGCAAGAAUAAAAAAAAACAA